AUGACUUAAGCAUAGAAAUCUCAAGAUUAAAUUAGAAAUAUUGCAAUAUCUGGUUCACUUGAUAAUGGGUCCAAGUACCUACAUGACAUUUUCAUUCAAAAAUGGGGUGUAUAAACUAAUAAGGAUGCGAUUCUUACAGAUAAUGAAUUGCAAUUUUACUAGGAAUUCUAAUCAUAAUGUGGCAUCAAAAAUUUAUAUUAUACGCCAAUCAAUAGCAAAAAAGGAAAUGAGGAUGGUUAUCUGAUAAAUUUAAUGAAAUCUUAAAAUAACUAUCACGGAUAAACAGAAAGUUUAGCAAGAUUGUCAGAUGGAGCCAUUGUAAUAAUUAACUUUUAGUUAGAAAUAAAUUAUGAGAUUGAAACAAUAAUAAGAGCAUUCUUGAAAGAAUAAAACCGUAUGGUGUUUUUCAUAAACAAAAUUGACAAAGCAUUUUUGAAACUAAACCUUAAUGGAGAACAAAUUUACUUAAAUUUAAAUCGUAUAAUUGAAAAAAUCAAUCAAAUAAUUUAUCUCUAUGAACCAGACAGUGUAAUAAAUCCUGCCUUUGGUCAAAUCACAUUUGGAUCUGCAAAACAAUAAUGGGGAUUUACUUGUUUAUAAUUUGCAUAAUAAUAUGAAAUAAAAUUUGGAAUUGAGCAUUAAAAGUUAGCAAAAAAGCUAUGGGGUGAUCACUAUUUCGAUGCAACGAAAAAAUAGUGGAGUACUCAGAAUGCAUCUAUAGAGAGUUAACCAUUAAAGAGAGCAUUUGUUACCUUCAUCUUAGAUCCCAUCCUAAAAUUAUCGUAAGCAAUUGUGAAUGGUCAAAAAGAUGUUGUCUCUUAAAUGACAGAGCGAAUUGGAAUUUAAUUAAGUGAAGACAUUCGAUAGUUAGAUGGUAAAAAAUUGUUGUCAGCAAUUCUAAACUCCUGGAUCAAUUUAGCAGAUUCUAUUAUGUCGUCAUGUGUAUUCCAUAUACCUCCUCCCAGGGUUGCAUAGAAAUACAGAGCAGCACAUCUUUUCAAGUUGGAUAAGGAAGACAAACUAUUAGAAUCAAUUAAAGACUGCAAUCCACAAGGGCCUUUGGUGAUACAAAUUUGCUUAAUGAUACCAUAUAAAUAGGAAUUCAUAUCAAUUGGGAGAGUGUAUUCUGGAACAAUCCAUACUGGACAGCAAAUUAGAAUCUUGGGAUCUCAAUAUAAGGAGGGCUCUAAAUCUGAUCUAUUUUAAUCAACAGUAGGAUAAACAUUUUAUUUUCCUAUAGGUGAACCCGCUUAUAUAGAAUAGGUGCCAUCUGGAAAUAUUGUGGGAAUUAAAGGAAUUGAUUAAUUUAUCAAAGGAACUUGUACUAUAACAGAUGUCCAACUUUCAAUCUAAAUGUUGCCUAUACAAUUACAACAAGAUAAAUUAGUAAAGAUAACAAUUACCCCUGUAGAACCAGCCCAAUUGACUUUUGUAAUUGAUGCCAUUAGGUAGUUAAUAAAAUUGAAUCCUACUAUCUCUUUAACAUUAGAUCCUUGUCUGAUUUUGGCUGCGAAUUCUUAUCACUUUUUACAGUAUUUUUUGGAUGAGUUAGUUAAUAAAUAUUUAAAAAGUGUUGAAAUUAGAAAAUCUAAUUAUUUUGUUAGUUACAAAGAGACUAUCACAGGCAUAUCAUAAGAUAAUGAAUUAAAAACCCCAAAUAAACAUAACAUAAUUGGAGCAUAAGCAACCCCAUUAAGUGAUAAUCUAUUGAAUUAAAUUGAAUCCGAUUACCAAUCUAUGGCAUUUCUAUAAUCCAUAAAAAUAAAUUCAAAUAACUGGUAUCAAAGCGAUAAAUUACAAAUAUUUGCUUUUGGUCCAAACAAUUUAGGACCAAAUAUUCUUGUAAACAAAACAAGUCCUGAGGAUUACCAUCACAUUUCUGAAAUUAUAGACCAUUUGAAUACAUCUUGGUAAUGGUUUACAAAAGAAGGGGCACUUUGUGAAGAGGAAUAAAGGGGAGUAUAGGUGAAUAUUCUAAAAUAUUUAUCUCAUGCUGAUAUUAUUCAUAGAGGAGCAGGUUAAAUUCUACCAACAGCAAGGAGAUUAUUUUAUGGAUGCCAAUUGUAAGCAUAACCGAGGCUACAGGAACCUGUCUUUUUGGUUGAAAUACACUCAAAUAUAUAGGUCAUAGACUAAGUUUAUAAAUGUAUCAAUAAUGCAUAAGGGAUAGUGAUUGAGGAAAAGAGUUUCGCUAAAACAUCAUUCCAAAAAAUCAUCGCAUAUGUGAAUGGUCCUAAUAUAUUUUAAUUUCAUGAUUAAUUAAAUGAGAUGACUUAAAAUAAAGCAUACAGUUUAAGUUCUUUUGAUCAUUGGUCUCUUCUAAAUAGUGAUCCAUUAGAGGAGAGCUCUGAAGCCCAUUAAAUAUUGUAAGAUAUUAGAGCAAAGAAAGGAUUGCCUUCAAAAAUCCCGCAACAUUUAUGA